CUGCGGCGGCGGGCGGGGGUGAGGGCCCCAGCGCUGACGGCGGCGGCCCGCGGGGCGGCGUGGAUCCCCACGGCCCUGGCUGGGGCAUCACCGCCGGCCUCGACCCCGAAAUGGCGCUGCUGGCCGAGCACCUGCUGAAGCCGCUGCCCGCGGACAAGCAGAUCGAGACCGGGCCCUUCCUCGAGGCGGUGGCCCACCUGCCGCCCUUCUUCGAUUGCCUCGGGUCCCCAGUGUUCACACCCAUCAAGGCAGACAUAAGUGGCAACAUCACGAAAAUCAAGGCCGUCUAUGACACCAACCCAACCAAGUUCCGGACCCUGCAGAACAUCCUGGAGGUGGAGAAGGAGAUGCACGGAGCAGAGUGGCCCAAAGUGGGAGCCACACUGGCCCUGAUGUGGCUGAAAAGAGGCCUCCGUUUCAUCCAGGUCUUCCUCCAGAGCAUCUGCGAUGGGGAGCGGGAUGAGAACCACCCCAACCUCAUCCGCGUCAAUGCCACCAAGGCCUAUGAGAUGGCCCUGAAGAAGUACCAUGGCUGGAUUGUGCAGAAGAUCUUCCAGGCAGCGCUGUAUGCGGCUCCCUAUAAGUCCGACUUCCUGAAGGCGCUCUCCAAGGGCCAGAACGUGACGGAGGAGGAGUGCCUGGAGAAAACCCGCCUCUUCCUGGUCAACUUCACGGCCACCAUCGACGUCAUCUAUGAGAUGUACACCAAGAUGAAUGCCGAGCUCAACUACAAGGUGUAGAAGGGCCACAGCACGCACAGAAGCAGGCAGACCCGAAUCACUGUGAAUCCAGCAGGCGGCCGGCCCCGGCCCCCAGAGUGGCCCGUUCUGGGCUGGGCUGGUUUUUCAAAGUCAUUUUGGGGUCUAUUCUAACAGAGCAAUAAAUAACCAUCCGAAUCUCCUUCGAAUUUCACAACAGCACAGACUGACUCUAAACCUUCAUUUCAGUGUGGUAAAAUCAAUUACUGUUUCUAAUAAAUCAAGUCCUAGGGUUUUUCCCCCUUCCCAGGGCAAUGGUGUCCUGUGCCUCACUUUAAAAAUAUGCACGUGUCCUGACGAGGAGCUGCCUGAAUGGAGUUUUGGGUAUUUUAAGGACCAUGAUGAGUGUGAUUAGAAAUGAUACAGGACUGCUGUUACGGAAUUUUUUUUUUUUUUAAAGCAAGCUGGUGUGUGUUCUGUGGUUGCACAGCCCAACCUCACAGCACUGUCAUUACACAGUCUGCUCUUUCUUACUGUCUUUUGCCAGACGGUUUUUUAAAAUAGCUGAAACCAACCAGCAAGCCUUUGAUGGGAAGGGGGGGUGAUUUUAAAACCAUCAGGCACAAAUAAUUGACCAUAGAUGGCUGUAUUUGCAUUUUUCCGCAUAAUUAUCUUCUUCAGGGACAGCUUUUCCAACCUAAGAUACUACCUACCACAUGUAUUCUCUCGAGGGGGAGAGGAUGAACCCCUCCAGCUGCUGACACCCAAGAAAAUGCCUCACUGCCUUAACUGUCCUUCCUGGCGCUAAACAGAGCUGUAUUUUUUAAAGUGUUGGGGUGAACAAAGCAACCCCCAAAGGAAUUGAUGUGUGUUAAAAACCCAAUGAGGAACAAUUGGUAAUUUUUAUGCAGAAAAUAAAUAAUCCGUAAUAAAUAAAUCUAUUUUGGA